CUGAAGUGGAUUCUGUGUUCCUCGCCCCCCAAUUCCAACAACUUCCCUGCGACAAGUUCUACCUCACUAAUCCCAUUCCCUCACAUAAUCAUGUGUAACUACAUCACCUAUGAUGCCAAGUACAGAGUGUACCGCAGACCCCAAACACCUCAACUCAAUCACCAAAUAUGACAAGUACCCCAAAGCCAAACAGGAGGGCUAUGCUUGCAUCGAUGCUACGCGUGCCGAGGCCUUGAGCGGCAAGGUUAUUCAGUUCAGAAUCUCUCCGCAACCUUAAUGACCUUCUCGGGGUCCUUCAAGCGUUUCUCUCUGGUCUUGCUGAUAGGUUUAAUUAGCAUGCAUCUUCCGGAUAGAUAUAGGCUAAAGGGCGGCUCCCGACAGAACAGAGAGGGAAGGAAAGGGAAUGGGGGCGCUGGGCGCCGAAACGAGCAUUUAAUGCUCGUACCCUCGAUACCGGCAUAUCUGCAAUUAAUUUUUGGAUUUGAUUGCAGGUGUUCUGUUUUAUAAAUGUGCCAGUGUUGGGUCGCGCGACCCCAAGCAAAUGCUCACCUCUAGCAUCAACCAAAGCUUGCUUGAAGCAGCGAUGGUGCAGGGUGAGCUACCAGCACAAUUUCCCCCUCCGUGGGGCCCCAGUUCUCAGAG